AUGGCCCCGACGCUCAACCAUCCGCCGUCGGUGACAUUUUUUGACGACCAUGUUCACCGGCCAGUCAAUGUGGACGCUGCUACAUACUACGGCAGUGAAAACCACUCCCGCUCUCGGACCUACAGCCACUCACAGGUCCACGGAUACAACCCUAAGAAGAUACCCGCCUUCCAAGAUGACUGGCAUUCACGCCCUCGUCGGUUGUCUCAUGACGAGAAGACGGUCUCAGGCCCUCCUAGGCGGUUCCUCAUCGACGUUGAAGAGACCAUUCGUGUAGUGCUGGAGCAGGAGGAUACAGACGGAGACUUCCAGAUCAGUGUCACUGACGCUGGACCGAAGAUGAUGGCUUUGGGGACGGCCACCAGCAAUGGGUUUAAGACGUUCGAUAUCAGGGGCACGUACAUGUUGUCCAAUCUGCUGCAAGAGCUCGCCCUCGCCCGCGACCACAACAGAAAGCGUAUUGUGUUGGAUGAGGCAAGGCUGACUGAGAACCCUGUCGACCGUCUCUCCCGCAUGAUCAAGCACUCAUUCUGGCAUUCGCUCACGCGGCGCAUCGACGGAGACGGGUUAGAAAUCAUUACAGCCGACCCCAAGAACCGCACCGGGCGUGUAAACCCGCGUAUCUACGUCCCCCACGGAGAGCCGGCAAUGGCUGACUAUUACCGAAAGGUGGCAAUGGAGAAGCCUCACAUGAAUCUUGAUGUUCAGGUCCUGCCGCCAAAGCCUGAUGACCCGGCAUUCGUGAAGAGCUUGAACUCCAAGCCUGGCUUGCUUGCUCUGGCUAUGAACGAAGUGGAUGAUGGAGCUGGUGGAAAGACGCUGAAAGGUAUUCCUUUCAUUGUGCCAGGUGCUCGUUUCAAUGAGCUCUAUAAUUGGGACUCUUACUUCAUCGCCCUCGGCCUGCUCGUCGACGGCCAAGUCAGCAUGGCGAGGGGCAUGGUCGAACACUUCAUCUUCGAGAUCAAGCAUUACGGCAAGAUCCUCAACGGUAGCCGAAGCUACUACCUGUGCCGCACGCAGCCUCCAUUCCUGACAGAUAUGGCGCUCCAAAUCUACAACCAGCUUGACCGGUCGGAUACCGACUCUAACCGUGAUUGGCUGAAGCGCGCGAUUCAGGCGGCCGUCAAGGAGUAUCACACAAUUUGGGUGGCAGAGCCUCGGAUGGAUCCCAAGACAGGCCUCUCACGCUAUCGUCCUGACGGGCUAGGCAUCCCCCCUGAGACCGAAGCUACCCAUUUCACGCACAUCUUGGAGCCCUACGCAGCCAAGCACGGUCUCUCGGUCCUUGAGUUCAGCGAGAAGUACAACGAUGGUAUUCUGAAGGAGCCUGCGCUCGACGAGUACUUUCUGCAUGACCGUGCCGUGCGUGAGUCAGGUCACGACACGACCUAUCGCUUCGAAAAGCGCUGUGCCAAUCUCGCGACGAUCGACCUGCAGUGCCUGCUCUACAAGUACGAAGUGGACAUCGGUACUGCUAUCCGCGAGGUGUUCGACGACGAGCUCGAGCUCGAGGAAGACUUCCCACUUGCACCAUUCCCACCAUCAAUGGAGUCAUACGCCAACCCGCGCCGCGAGAGCUCGAAGAGUCGUAAGCAGGCGAGUGAAGAGUGGUUCGAGCGUGCAGAGUUCAGGAAGCAGAUGAUUGACAAAUACCUCUGGAAUGAGAGCAAGAGCUUGUUCUUUGACUACGACACUGUCGCCGAGAAGCAGAUUUUGUACGAGAGUGUAACUGCGUUUUGGGCACUCUGGGCAGGUUGUGCGUCCGAGGAGCAGUGCUGGAAGCUUGUGUCUCGUUCCUUGGAGAAAUUCGAGGUUCUUGGAGGUCUUGUUUCCGGUACCGAAGAAUCGCGGGGUAAGAUCUCGCUCGAUCGUCCUAAUCGACAAUGGGACUAUCCCUAUGCUUGGCCGCCACAUCAAAUAAUGGCGUGGGUUGGUCUGGAAAGAUAUGGUUACCUCGAAGAGGCCCAGAGGUUGGCUUAUCGCUUCCUCUAUAUGAUGACCACGGCAUUCGUCGAUUUUAAUGGGGUGGUCCCUGAGAAGUUCGAUGCUGUCAAGCUUUCGCAUCUGGUGGAUGCUGAAUACGGCAACCAGGGAAUAGACUUCAAGAUGGUUCCUCGCGAAGGCUUUGGUUGGAUGAACUCGGCCUAUCAAGUCGGUCUUUCCUUUAUGACCACUCAUAUGCGACGUGCUGUCGCGGCCUGCACCAGUCCAGAGGUUGUCUUUGGUGCCAACGUCAGCGGUGCUACUGGCGAUUCCGCCCUGCUCACUCUUCCACCUUCCGAUCCUCUUGGGAUGGCUAUGGAGAACUUGGAUAUUUCCGUUCCACCGAUUUAA